AUGAGAGUUUCUGUUACCUCAAACCGAUUUCUCCUUUUCAUCAUCUUCACUGCAUGCUUAUGUAUAUACUUUGCUAAUCAAAAGAAAAAGACUUAUGAAAAUGAAGAUAUCGUAAGUAUAUCUUCAAGGUUUGAGAUCCCAAGCAGUAAGUACACCUCCAUAUUGGGUCCUAAACUUGAUAAGCUUCCUAAUCAAGAUGAUGUUAUACAAUUAUUUCAAUUAUGGAAGAAAGAACAUGGACGAGUCUACAGUGAUCAAGAAGAGAUGGAAAAGAAAUUUGAAACUUUUGUUUUAAAUUUAAAGUAUAUUGUAGAGACCAAUGCAAAGAGAGACUCACCUCAUAGCUCUCUUCUUGGUUUGACCGACUUUGCUGAUUUGAGCUUCACGGACUUCAAAGAAACAUACAUGACCAUGAACAGUGAUAACAUGGAUAUUGUGAAUGACCAUGUUGAUGAAUUAACACGCAGUAAACCACCUUCAAAAUUGGACUGGAGGUGGAAAGGAGCUGUUACUCCUAUUAAGAACCAAGACAGUUGUGGUUGUUGUUGGGCAUUCUCCACUGUUGCCUCUAUUGAUGGAAUAGUAGCAAUCAAGACAAGGCAGCUUAUCCCCCUUUCAGAUCAGGAGGUUCUAGAUUGUGAACCAUAUGGAAAUUGUUCAAGAGGAAGUGUGGCAAAAGCAUUAGAUUGGGUAAUAAAAAACAAAGGGAUUGCAUCACAAAAAGAUUAUCCUUAUUAUGAGGAUAAGGGUAUUUGCACAUCCGGCCAGAUUUCAAAUAGUCCAACUAGUCGCAUUAAAUCACAUAAUCUCGUGAAGAGAUCGGAGAAGGAACUAUUAUGUGCAGUUGCUAAGCAGCCUCUUAAUGUUGGUGUUUAUGCAGAGACAAAAGAAUUUCAACAUUACAAGGGUGGAGUAUUUAGAGGUCAAAAGUGUCCGUUGGAUUCUUUAAAUACAACUCACGCCAUGGUUAUAGUGGGUUAUGAUUCUGUUGACAGCGAUGAAUAUUGGAUCGUGAAGAAUUCAUGGGGUACCCGUUGGGGAGAUAAUGGUUAUAUGUAUAUCAAAAGGAACACUGGUAAAAAGUAUGGAGUCUGUGCAAUCAAUGCAUGGGGUAGAUUACUAGUUAAAAAUAAUUGA